CCCCGGAACCGCCCGCCGCCGGCGCGCGGGGCCCGGCGGCCGCGGCGGCGCUUCCGCCUUCCGCACGGCCGCUGGAGCCAGUGAAGAAGUCCCUCUGCUUCGGCCGUCUUCUUACCACCGCAUUUGCUAAGCAAAUACUCUGCUGCCCCAUUUGCUCCUCUCCCCCCAUCAGGAAGUGAAAAAUGCCUAAAAAGAAGACUGGUGCUCGAAAGAAAGCUGAGAAUCGCCGUGAACGUGAAAAGCAGAUAAGGGCUUCAAGAGCGAACAUAGAUUUAGCCAAACAUCCUUGUAAUGCCUCAAUGGAAUGUGAUAAGUGCCAAAGACGACAGAAGAAUAGAGCUUUCUGCUACUUCUGUAACUCACUUCAGAAAUUACCUAUUUGUGCACAGUGUGGAAAAACCAAAUGUAUGAUGAAGUCUUCAGACUGUGUCAUAAAACAUGCUGGUGUGUAUAGUACUGGACUAGCAAUGGUGGGUGCGAUUUGUGAUUUCUGUGAAGCUUGGGUGUGUCACGGGAGGAAGUGUCUCAGCACACAUGCGUGUAUCUGCCCUCUUACAGAUGCAGAAUGUAUUGAGUGUGAAAGAAGUGUCUGGGAUCAUGGAGGCAGAAUAUUUGCCUGUUCUUUUUGCCACAAUUUCCUCUGUGAAGAUGAUCAGUUUGAACAUCAAGCCAGCUGCCAGGUUUUGGAAGCAGAGACAUUUAAAUGUGUUUCCUGUAACAGGCUUGGCCAGCAUUCAUGCCUGCGUUGCAAGGCUUGUUUUUGUGAUGAUCAUGUGCGAAGUAAGGUUUUUAAGCAGGAAAAGGGAAAAGAGCCUCCCUGCCCUAAAUGUGGGCAUGAAACUCAGCAGACAAAGGAUCUGAGCAUGUCAACACGCUCUUUGAAGUUUGGCCGCCAGACUGGAAGCGAAGAUGCAGAUGGAGCUUCUGGUUAUGAUGCCUACUGGAAGAACCUCUCUGCUGGCAAGGCUGGAGAUGCAGGUGAUCGUGAGGAUGAAUAUGAUGAGUAUGAAGCAGAGGAUGAUGAUGAAGAUGAGAAUGAUGAGGGAGGAAAAGAUUCUGAUACAGAGACAACAGAUGUAUUCAGCACUUUGAGUUUAGGAAGGACCUAUGCUAGUGGAUAUGCACAUUAUGAGGAACCUGAAGAUUAAGUUGAGUCUACUGGGGAGUUAAAAACAUUUGGAAGGAAUUGAGUAUAUGCUUCUUUUACGAUUUGUGUAUGUGCCAGUAGAAUAGCUCUAUUGGAAGCUUACGUGUCAAGUUUGGGAAUAAAGAGUGUGGGACUUGUUUAGUAACUCCAAGUGAGACUUACUGGUACCAGCUGAGGAGCUGGGGAAGAAAACAGGGAAAUGGCUUUAUUUCCCUAAACAACUGAACAUGCGUUGUCCCUGACUACUUAAUAUAACAAUUCAAAGGUUUCCUCCUCCCCCCCCCAUCAGUUUCCUCACACAGGAAUGUGGGAGGGCAGGACAAUUUGUUUUCAUUUGCUCAUCAGAAAUUAAGUUAUUUGUAUGGUAAUUUUGUUAACUGAUUUCAUAAACCUAAUGUAGUGGUGGGUUGGUAACUUUUUGUCUGCACAAUAAAAGUCAACUGCAUUCUC